AUGGCACCCUCUUUCGACCACCUCCGCGAGGCGGAUCUUGACGAUGACGAGUUUAACGAGGAUGAGAUUGACACCUCGGAUCUGCGAGAGCGUUUCGAGGUCCAGCUAGAGCAGGGUUACGACACAUUUGUUGUCGUUGAUGGCCUUCCCAAGGUCAACGAAGAACAGAAGCCUAAGCUGGUCAAGUUCCUUCUGAGGAAGCUCGUUUCGGUGGGAAAGACUAGCGAGGAACAGGUCUAUAUGCCCAUGGGAGAUGAUGGAAAGUCACUUCAGUUCGCCUUUGUCGAAUACUCGUCGCCUGCCGAGGCCGCCGCCGCCACCCGCCAGCUCGACUUGGUUCCCCUUGACAAGAAGCACACUCUGCGUGUCAACAAGCUGACGGAUAUCGAGCGCUACGGAAGGGAAGGCCGCAUCGACGAGACGUACCAGCCCCCCCAUAUCGACGAGUUCACCCAGAAGGAGCAUCUACGAUGGUGGCUCAAGGACCCUGCCGGCCGCGGUCGCGACCAGUUCGUCAUGUACCGCGGCGAGAGUGUCGGUGUCUUCUGGAACAACGAGAAGGACCAGCCCGAGAACGUCGUCGAGCGCCAGCACUGGACCGAAACCUUUGUCCAGUGGUCGCCGCUGGGAACCUACCUGACGUCGAUCCAUGCUCAGGGUGUCCAGCUCUGGGCUGGCCCCUCUUGGUCCCGCCAGGCCCGUUUUGCCCACCCCUACGUCAACCUUGUGGCCUUCUCCCCCAACGAGAAGUACCUUGUUACGUGGUCGAACCGUCCCAUCUCCAUCCCCGAUGAGGGCCACCCCGCUCUGUCCGUCGACGACGAUGGCAAGAACUAUGUCAUCUGGGACAUUGCCACGGGAACGCCUCUCCGCUCGUUUGCCAACCUUGACAUGCCCAAGGGUGAGGAGGGUGCUCCCCCUCCUAAGCUGCAGUGGCCUGCCUUCAAGUGGUCGUCGGACGACAAGUACGUCGCUCGUCUGACCCAGGGACAGUCCAUCUCCAUUUACGAGCUCCCCCGCAUGAACCUCCUUGACAAGACGUCUGUCAAGAUUGACGGUGUCAUGGACUUUGACUGGGCACCCGCCACCCCCAAGCGCGACAAUAUCAAGACGUACGAGCAGCUGUUGUGCUUCUGGACGCCCGAGAUUGGCAGCAACCCUGCCAAGGUCGGAUUGAUGAGCGUGCCAUCCAAGGAGAUCGUGCGUACGCUGAACCUCUUCAACGUCAGUGACGUCAAGCUUCACUGGCAGUCGGAGUCGACGUACCUGUGCGUCAAGGUGGACCGUCACUCCAAGUCGAAGAAGUCACAGGCCACGACGCUGGAGAUCUUCCGCGUCAAGGAGAAGGGCGUUCCGGUCGAGGUUGUCGACACGAUUAAGGAUACCGUGAUCAACUUUGCCUGGGAGCCGAAGGGAGACCGCUUCGCCAUCAUCACGACGACGGAGCCCGUCGGCGCCACGGCCGUGGCGCCCAAGACGGCCGUUGCCUUUUUCUGCCCCGAGAAGACCAAGGGCCCCAUUGCCGGCAACUUCAAGCACCUCCGCACGCUGGACAAGAAGAACAGCAACGCUAUUUACUGGUCGCCUAGGGGACGCUUUGUCGUGAUUGCGACGGUGCACAACCAGCAGAGCUCGGAUCUCGACUUCUUCGACCUCGACUUUGAGGGUGAGAAGCCCGAGUCGGAAAAGGACCUGACCGCCAACCUGCAGCUGAUGAACAUUGCGGACCAUUACGGCGUGACGGAUGUUGAGUGGGACCCGUCUGGCCGCUUUGUCGCGACGUGGGCGUCGGUGUGGAAGCACACGAUGGAAAACGGAUACCACAUCUACGACUUCAAGGGAGAGCCCCUUAGGGAGGAGCCCGUCGACAAGUUCAAGCAGUUUUCGUGGCGUCCCCGGCCGCCGACGCUUCUGACCAAGGAGGAGCAGAAGCAGAUCCGCAAGAAUCUGCGCGAGUACAGCCGGCAGUUUGAGCAGGAGGACAACGACCGCGGCGCAUCGGCCGACCUUGCCGUGGUUGAGGCCCGCAGGCACAUUCUCAACGAGUGGUACUCGUGGCGCGAGAGCGUCGAGUCGGAGGUGGCCGAGGAGAGGGCGGCCCUGGGUCUCCCUGCCGACCCGCACACUCAUCUCCUCGAGGCCAAGACUCUCCAGGUUGGCGAUGUCGGCCAGGACCGUGAGGUUGAGGAGAUUGUCGAAGAGGUGCUCGAGGAGACGGAGGAGGUGAUUACUGCUUGA